CUGGACAGAAUGUUCGCUUCGACGUCACAAAGAAAUGAUGAUGGUUUGCGGGCGUCUUACAAUAUCUCGAUACUUAUAGCAAAAUCCGGAAAACCGCAUACUAUCGGAGUUAAUUUUGCCAGCCGUUGAAGAGGUUUGAAAAACUGUUUUACACGAACCUGCAUCUGAUAUCAUUAAAAGAAUUUCCUUAAGCAACAAUACUGUUGACAGACGUAUUGAUGAAAUGAGUUCUGAUAUUGAAAGCUUCUUAUGUAAUUAUUUGCAAACGACCCAUUUCUCUAUACAACUGGACGAGUCAACUUUACCUGAUAAUGCAGCAUUAUUUUUGGCAUAUGUUCGUUUUAUUAUGAAUCAAGAAAUCUACGAAGAACUGCUCUUCGCAAGAACUUUGAUAACCGACACUAAAGGUGAAUCAAUAUUUCAUGUUUUGAAGGAUUACUUCAUUGAAAAAGCAAUUCCUUUAUCAAAUAUAAUAUCAGUAGCUACAGAUGGAGCACCUGCCAUGGUUGGACUGGUGCAGACAACGGUCACUCUGGGAUCAGGAAUGGAACAGUAUUGUCUUUAGUGACGAGUCUCGAUUUUGUUUAGGCAUGCACGAUGGUCGUGCCAGGGUUAGAAGGCGACGUGGUGAAAGGAGGAAUCCACAGUUUUUUGUUGAAAGACAUGUUCAUCACACUGUUGGAGUUAUGGUUUGGGGUGCUACAGCUUAUGGUUCCAGGUCACCUUUAAUCUUCAUCAGAGGUAACAUGAACGCGCAGCGUUAUAUCCACGAAGUUCUAGAACCCCAUCUUUUACCCUAUCUUGACACCCUGGCAGAUCCAACUUUCCAACAAGGUAAUGCCCGACCACAUGUAGCAAGACACGUGUGGUAUAUGAUGGGUAGGAGAUUGCUCAAUUUGCAACGUCCUCCUCAGACUCUAGAAGCACUUCGAGAGGAGUUGGUGGUUGCCUGGAAUGAGAUACCACAGGAGGACAUUGACCACCUGAUCAGAAGCAUGCCUAGGCGCGUUGGAGAAUGCGUAGCACAUCAGGGUGCAUCCACACAUUAUUAA